AUGGGUGCAGGCGACACGGGCGCGCCCAAGGCGCGGGGCUUUCUAGCCGAGAAGGACCAGUUCCAGCGGCGCGAGGCCGCCCAGGAGGCUAUGUACAUUCGGCAGCAGGAGGUGGAGAAGUGCGUGUUUUCCCCUCGGCGAUGGGGUGGAUCGUGGGGUCUGCGGAGCAGAGCGGUGCUAAUCAUUGGGCUCUGUAGGAUCGAGCGUCUGCGCAUGAAGAUGAAGGAGUCGCAGAAACACAUGGAGGAGCUGGAUCGGCACCUGGAAGAACUGGCGAAGACCCAAGGUGGCGAGCAAAACUAA